AUGGAAUUCAACUGCGAAGGCACCCAUCGUUUGUUUCUUCGUGAAUCGCCUUUUCGUACGUCUUUUAAUUGCAACUGCAGCGCUGCGCCGCAUAAUGAAACUGCUCUCUUUCCGGUGUACAGACAGCCCCUUGUUGUUUCCUCCGCUUCCACUGCAGCGGGGAAACGCCGCAGGGGCUCCAAGACACCCGACGAAGGACAAACGCCAGCGGCGGUUCGGCUAAAGAAGAGCCGCCUCUGUCUCCGCAGUCAGUUGUCUAUCCCUCCUACCGAAGCAAACGUUGCAAAGCCGGUUGACUUGAGCGCUGCUGCUGCACGAACAGAGCCGCAGCAGCAGCAGCAGCAGCAGCAGCCACAACAGCAACAGCAGCAGCAACAGCAACGGCAGCAGCAGCAGCAGCAACAACAACAACAGCAGCAGCAGCAGCAGAUUCGGGAAGCCUCGUUGCUGACGUCAAAUUGCACAGCGCCGCCUUCAGCAGCAGCAGGCAAUUCAUCUUCAGCGUAUUUUGUUGCAAAUGGAUAUCUUCUUCUUUCGCACUACGACAGGCUGGAACGACAGCGGCAGAGAGCAGCAGCAGCAAGGGCCCUCAGCAGCAGCACGGCUGCAUCUCGCGGUGUAGCUUCUUCUGCUCUCAGCUCAACAGAGCGAAUAAAGCAACAGCCUUCUCUUCAUGCAGGAGGAAACGACGCCUUCAGCGGUGUGCUUGAAGGGCCGUCUGCUGCAUGCAUGCAUGCAGAUUUCAGAUUGAACAGAGCACAGCCAGAACCUGCUGCUGCUACUGCUGCUGCUGCUGCUGCUGCGCGGAUGCACGCAUCUGAAUUCGGGUGUGUAGACACCCCAGCGCAUCCUCAGGAAGCAGCAGUCGGCAGUCUUUACAACCACGUAAAUGCCUUCAUCAGAACUAUGCAGUUUUCAUAA